AUACACGGCUUCGAAAGUAGUUCCUAAUUAUUUAAGUGCUGUCCUUAGCGCGAAGUAAUUUAUUUUUGUGGAAAGCAUACUUUUAUAAUCAAUGAAAACAUUUUUAGAAAUUUUACCUUUCAGUCCUGAUAGUUCUGACAGAAAUUUGAACGACAGUGCGAAGGAAUACCGUUGGGUUAAUAACACUGUAUCUAAUGAAGUUGGUUUGGAGGCGUCUUAUUCUCUGGCGGUGUCGUGGAGAGAGAAAUUUUUGGUUUUAAUUCAGUGUCGUUUUUUAUAUUUACACAUUUUAAAUUAGGACCAAUUUAGGUACUUGUAGCACAAAUCAUGCUGAAGUUUAUACGAGGGAAGGGGCAGCAACCUUCAGCAGAGCGCCAGAAAUUACAGAGGGAGUUGUUUGCCUUUAGAAAGACAGUACAGCAUGGAUUCCCACAUAAACCUACAGCGUUGGCUUGGGAUCCUGCCCUGCGGUUACUGGCCAUUGGGACGGCUACAGGCUCUGUCAAAGUAUUUGGCAAACCAGGUGUGGAGUUUUAUGGCCAGCACACUAACCAUGACUCUUCUGUGACACAACUUGUCUUCCUGCCCAAUGAAGGCCGCAUUGUCUCACUGUGUGACGAUAACUCACUGCACCUGUGGGAAAUAAAUGAAGGUUGCCUUGAAGAAGUGAAAUCUCAGGCACUGGAAGGAAAAUUGAAGAAGAUCUCAGCUGUGUGCCUGGAAUCAGCAUGUGAACAUUUGUUACUGGGGACAGAGGGUGGUAACAUAUACCUCCUGAACCUCAAGACUUUUGAGAUGGCUGACACUAUUAUUUACCAAGAUGUUGUAAUGCAAAAUGUACCUGAAGACUACAAAAUCAACCCAGGUGCUGUGGAAGCAAUAGCUGAGCAACCAGGCAACCCAGACAGGAUUCUAAUUGGUUACAAUCGUGGCCUCAUGGUCCUUUGGGAUCGCAAGACCCCUGGAGCUGAGCAGACUUAUAUAAGUACACAGCAGUUGGAGAGUGUUUGCUGGCACAAAUCAGGUUCCCGGUUUGCAUCAUCUCACAAUGACGGCAGCUACGCAAUCUGGGAUGCUAGUGUUGGGGAGCGUCCCUCUGAAGAACCAACAACUGUGUAUGGUCCAUUUCCUUGUAAAGCAGUCACCAAACUUCUUUGGAGGCAUGCCAAGAAGGAUGACUACAUGGUGUUUGCUGGUGGUAUGCCCCGUGCCAGCUAUAGUGACCGCCACACAAUUACUGUCCAACAUGGCAAGCGUCAUGUUGUGUUCGACUUCACCUCCAAAGUCAUUGACUUCUUCACAGUUGCUAUUGACCCAGAUGACAGGGAAUUUGAUGAGCCAGAAGCUCUGAUUGUCCUGCUAGAAGAGGAGCUCUUGGCUAUUGACUUACUGGCAGAUGAUUGGCGCAUGUUAUCACUGCCAUACUUAGUUUCCCUGCAUGCCAGUGCAGUGACUUGCUCACAACAUAUCUCAGGAGUACCUCAGGACCUAUGGCAGAAUAUUAUGUUAGCUGGCAAGAAGCAGACACAAGACCUAUACUCGGACAGAGAGUGGCCAGUAACUGGCGGUAAAAUUCUGGGUGAUGCAACAGAGGGCGGAGAGAAGGCAUCUCGAGAACUGCUACUAACUGGUCAUGAAGAUGGAACUGUUAGAUUUUGGGAUGCAAGUGGAAUAGCACUUCAGCCUCUUUAUAAAUUUGGUUCUGCCCAGCUAUUUAGUGGUGAAGAGAUAGCUAUUGAAGGUAGCAAUGGAGCUCCUGAUGAAGAAGAAGAUGAAGAUGAAUGGCCACCUUUCAGAAAGGUUGGGGCAUUUGACCCCUAUUCAGAUGACCCUCGAUUAGCAGUAAAGAAAGUUGCUCUCUGCCCUAUGUCCGGAACACUGGUGGUUGCUGGGACUGCAGGCUCAGUUAUUGUUGCCAAAAUCAACUCUGAUUCUGUUGACAAGGAAGUUGAGGUGACACCAAUGAACAUAGUUUUAGAUCGAGAUGGAUUUGUUUGGAAGGGCCAUGAUCAGCUAACUCCACGAGGUGGAACCCUCUCAUUUGCUCCAGGAUUUCAGCCAAAUUCUCUGUUUCAACUGCACCCCCCUGCUGCCAUCACAGCCCUUGCAUUACAUGCAGAAUGGGGCCUUGUAGCUGCUGGUACGGCACAUGGCCUCGCAUUGUUUGACUAUAUCCGUCGCAAGGGUGUCCUUACAAAGUGUACUCUCAACCCUAAUGAUCUGUCUGGAGCAGGGGAUGCUCCAAUUUCACGUCGCAAGUCGUUCAAAAAGUCAUUAAGAGAGUCAUUCCGUCGCCUACGGAAAGGAAGGUCCACAAGACAAGCUGACAAAAGAGGGGCUCACAGUACCUCACCCACUGCCGUUACACCCACUGAUCCACGGAAGAAGGAUGGUCUAGAGGAGGUGGCAGAGGAUAUGGCAGCUGAGGCUGGUGAAGAAGCAGCUGAGGGGGAAGUGGAGGCUGUGGAGCAAAGAAGUUCCAUGGGGGCAGGUGAUGCUGUAUCCUCAUCCUCAGCCGGUCCUGGUGGGCUAAGCCCCCUGGAGGCAAAACCUGUGGAGAGACAAGUGGAAGCACGACCAGUGGAUGAUUCAUUAGGCAGUAUGGUACGCUGCCUUUAUUUUGCCAAGACGUUCCUUAUCACUGUUCAAAUGAUGACAGCUACAAUGUGGGCUGGGACCAACAAUGGCACAGUCUUUGUAUUCACUGUGACCAUUCCAUCAGGUGCAAGGCGGACAGAAGAAGAUGUGUCAUGUCAGUUAGGAAAAGAAAUACAACUGAAGCAUCGAGCCCCUGUUAUAGGCAUUGCUGUCAUAGAUGGAACCAAUUCACCACUUCCUGAACCAUAUGUGACAGAGAAAGGCAGCUCAAAACAGCAAGACUCUCCUCAUCGUGUUGUUAUCUGUUCAGAGGAGCAGUUCAAGAUAUUCACACUUCCAAGUCUGAAGCCUUUCUGCAAGUUCAAAUUGACAGCUCACGAAGGUGCACGUGUGCGACGCAUGGGUAUAGCUCAGUUCACAACAGCAGGUGGACAGCAUUCAGAAAGUUGUUUGGUGUGCCUCACCAACUUGGGUGACUGCAUUGUUCUGAGUGUACCAGAACUUAGACGGCAACUUAAUGCAGCCGUGAUUCGACGGGAGGACAUUAAUGGCAUCUCCAGCCUGACCUUUACACGAAGAGGUCAAGCUCUGUACCUUCAUUCAUCAAGUGAGUUGCAGCGAGUGACUUUGUCUGCAACAUCCAUCACACAGCCACGUUGUAGAUUAGAACUUCCUGAUGGUGCUCGUGAGUCUGCUUCUGGUGAGAGGGAUACAGAUGAAGAGGAUGAAGACACUGAGGAUGAUGAAGAGGAAAGGAAAAUUGAGGGUAGAGAAGUGUCAGCCCCUUCACCUACUGCGCAAGAGCAGCAGGAUUCAGCUCCUGUAGUUAAUGGUGGCACUACAGAUUUAGAAGAAGGUAGUGAUGAUAAGACAGAUGAGCCCAGGGAAAAUGGGAUGACUGGAGGAACAAGUGAUGAAGACAGACAUGACAUGAGUGCUCUCAGUGUUGGAGAUAUCACCAUUGACUCUGUCAAGGACCAUCUUUUCAGCACAUCUGGAGCUGAGGAAAGUCGGGUCUCAGAGCUCAAGUCAUCUGCUUCCAGUACAAUGGUAACAACAACAACAGCGACAACAGAGAAACUUGAGCAGCAGCAACAGUCUGUCGUUGUGAGAACGACGACGACAGUCAUCAGCAGUACCACUAGUGGUACUGUUACCAACGAGACUGCGACUGUCAACUCUACUGGCCACACGCCUGACAUAGCUGUUGUUGAGUCCUCCCCCCCUGCAGACGGGCCGCCUGCUACACACAUUCUCAAUGAGAUUAGUUCGCGCAAGGCACCGCUAGCCAAGAUGGAAGACCUUGAGAUGGAGCCAUCGAUUACAGCAGCUGUGACGGCUGAUGUGUGACAGGCCUACCUCUGUGUAAUGGAUUCCUCCCACCUUUUCAGUUUGUGGCAUCAUUGUAGAGGGCACAGAACGCUUCCUUCCAUUUUAUUCAUUGUGAAUGCCAUACCCAGUCCUUCCCAAACAGUACUGAUGCUGUACUGUGCCCAGCUUGAUGUAGGUAAUGGUUUUGUUAUCAUUACUGAAAUGGGUAUGUUGCUGUUGCAUACAUUGUAUUUAUUUGAACAUUCCAUUCUUUUAAUGAACAGUGACUAUGAAGUUAUUUCUGUUAAUUUUUAUGUUCCAGAGCAGCUUAAUUUUAAAAAUAAUUUGCCAAAUCGCUACUGUGCAUGAUAUGGCUCUCGCUAAACCUAAACUUACCUAGAGCUUUUUUUGCUG